AUGGAGAAAAGGGUAGAAGAAAGGAAGACUCUAGUGAAAAGAGGCUUGUGGAAACCUGAAGAAGACAUGAUAUUGAGAAGCUAUAUCGAGACUCAUGGAGAAGGAAACUGGGCAGACAUCUCUCGUAAAUCCGGAUUGAAGAGAGGAGGGAAAAGCUGUAGGUUGAGAUGGAAGAACUAUCUAAGACCAAAUAUCAAAAGAGGAAGCAUGUCACCUCAAGAACAAGAUCUCAUCAUCCGCAUGCAUAAGCUUCUCGGAAACCGAUGGUCCUUGAUUGCUGGUCGCCUUCCAGGUCGCACUGACAACGAAGUCAAGAACUACUGGAAUACCCAUUUGAACAAGAAAUCCAAUUCCAGUAAACAGAAUGCACCUGAAUCAAUCAGCGCCACUCCUUUCAUCGAUAAGCCGGUUAUGUCUACAGAAGUGAGAAGCCAUGGAGAAGGAGAACGAGGAAAAGAAGGUAUUAGCAAUACCUGGAUGGAGGAGACAAACUGCUUUCAGUAUGACCUCCACAUUGAAUCUCCCAUUUCUCAUUACCCAGACACUCUUGUCUUUGUUGACCCAUGUUUUGCCUUCACCGAUUUCUUUCCUCCGCUUUAG